GACCAAUUUGCUGAUUGUUGCUUGGUAAUUCAGUGUGUUUGUGAUCUACAAAUUCAACAAUCCUGCCCUCGGUCAGCCCCCUUUUUUCUUGUAUGUUGGGCGUGACCUACUGGUGACCUGAAUAAGCCGCCCUUGUUGCCCUCCCGACUCUUUGGAUCCACUUGAAACAGUGUGGUGUCGUGCACCAUUUUGAUUCAUUUAUACAUAUAUUAACAUAAUGUUUCAUUAUCUCACAACGACCUUGACAGUAUUGCUAUUCUGUAAAUACCAUGCGGAGCAAAUAGACAAUGGAUUACAAGGAGAGCCUCUAAUCAGAUGCGGCAGUGAAAGCUUAUCAAUUAAUUUCAAAACACAAGGUGCCUUUGAAGGGCAUGUAUAUGUUAAAGGACAUUAUAGUAUGAAGCAUUGUCGUACCGAUGCAACUCUCGAAUCACAAGUCAAUUUGACAGUGUCCUACUCUGCGUGCGACGUGAUUCGUCAACGAUCAAGUAACCCAAAGGGCAUCAUGAUGACCGCUACAAUCAUCAUAUCGUUCCAUCCAAUGUUCAUAACGAAAAUUGACAAAUCUUACAAGGUUCAAUGCUUUUACGCAGAGGCUCAAAAAACUGUGACGCAGCAAUUAAAUGUGGAUAUUGCCAAGGAACAAGAAAAGAAAAUAUUUGUGAUGGUUGGAGAUGAGGAAGGCGGAACCGUGAGCCAUACAACCGGAGAUCAAAAAAAGCUGCACAAAUUGAAUGAUCCUUCAACCGAAGAGAGAAUCAGCUACAAUGUGCCCUUACCGGACUGCAAGUAUAGAGUUUUGACCGAGUCAAAAACUGAGGAAGUCGCUUUUGCAACAGUUGGACAAAUUGUGUAUCACGAGUGGUCUUGUGAAGCUCCAGGACAAAAUCAAACCUCACCAUUUUGUGUCACUGUGCACUCUUGCAACGUGAAAGAUGAGACAGGCAAGGAAGUGCAGAUUUUUGACGAAAACGGUUGCGCAGUUGACAAGUACUUAAUUAACAAUUUGGAGUACAGCAGUGACUUGACCGGAGGUCAAUUAUCUCAGGUUUUCAAAUUCGCCGACCAACCGUCCGUCUUCUUCCAAUGCAAAAUACGUCUUGGGUUGAAAGAAGAAGAUGGAUCGUGUAUUCGAUCAUCGGAUCACUGCCCAGCUACACUGCGUGGUAAACGUUCCACAACUCUGGGCGACAACGACUUUGAUGUUAUUUCUCAAACAAUGACUAUACUUGACAUUGAUGAACCAUCGAAGAGUCACAAAAAGAGCUCCGAACUUCAAUUCUCGAAAUUGUUCGUGACAUCCGAUGUUUGUGUUUCGCCAACAAUUGCCUCAGGAAUCGUUGUAUUUGUAUCGUCACUAUUACUUGUCUGCCUCAUUUCAUCUUUCUUAUUAUGCUUUCGACAUCAAACAGUCAAAGUGAAACUUGCUCCAUGAUUUGACAUAAUUUUAAUUUUUUUUUAAAUUUUCACGUUCAGUGGCCAUGCAAAAAUUGAUAAACUUAUUUUCAUUAUGAGUCAACUUUUAGCGAUGAAUAUAACAAUGCAUUUCUGUAUGAUCACAUUUUUUAAAUUUGUUAUCCUUGUUAAACUAUAUGUCUUUGAUUAAAAAUGAAGAUCUUUCUGAAU